GUCCCUCACACUGCUCAGCUACGAGUUCCCCUAACGACACAAAUAGGACAGCAUGCAACUCGUCACUUGCCUCCUCCUCCUGCUGUGCGCCGUCGGAUUCCCCCUGCUGCUCUUCUUCCAUGCAGAUGCAGGCGAGGUAGGCGUGUGCUACGGGAGAAACGGGGACAACCUGAUGGACCCAGCGUCGGUGGUGCGGCUGCUGAAGAAGAACGGCGUCACCAUGGUGAGGGUGUACGACACCGACCAGGCGGUGCUCAGCGCGAUGGCCAACACCGGCAUAAAGCUGGUGGUGGCGCUACCCAACGAGAUGCUGGCCUCCGCGGCCGCCGACCCGAGCUGGGCGGUGCAGUGGGCGAAGAGCAACGUGAAGCCCUACUACCCCGCCACCGAUAUCCGCGGCGUGACCGUCGGCAACGAGGUCUUCCAGCAGGCCAAGGGGCUCACCCCGCAGCUCGUUCCGGCCAUGAAGAACGUGCAGGCGGCGCUGGCUGGCCUAGGCCUUGCCGACGCCAUCAAGGUGACCACGCCGAUCGCGUUCGACGCGCUCAAGGCGUCGUCGUUCCCGCCGUCAAAAGGCCAAUUCCGGGACGACAUCGCGCAGUCGGUGAUGAGCCCCAUGCUCGACUUCUUGGAGCAGACCGGCUCGUACCUCAUGGUGAACAUCUACCCGUACAAGGCGUACGCGUCCACUAAUGGCGCCAUGGACAUCAACUACGCGCUGUUCCGCCCCAACGCCGGCGUGGUCGAUAGUGGGUCUGGGUUCACCUACCAUAAUCUAUUUGAUGCCCAGCUCGACACAGUGUACUAUGCGAUGGACGCAGUGCGUUCCUCCGGCAAUCGCACGGCGGAGACGAUGCUGAGGGGAAGGCGCAAACCACCUCCACCGCCUGUCCCCGUGAAACAAGGGGAGCACAGCUGGUGCACCUACUGCGACGGCGUGGAGAACUCCCAAACGUACACCAAUAACCUCAUCAAGCACGUGGUUUCCGGCGGCGCCAGCACCGCCUCCUCCUAUAGCUAUAGCCCGCUCGACGCCGGCGUCGGCACCCCGUACCGCCCCAACGAGGACAUCUCCGUGUACAUCUUCGAACUUUUCAACGAGAACGAGAAAUCGAGCGCCGAAGAGAGCAACUAUGGUCUGUUCUACCCGAACGGCCAGCCGGUGUACCAGGUCGACUUCAUGGCCGGGGGCGCCCCCAGUCCAGCCAGGUCCAGCUGGUGCGUGGCGAACGCGGCGGCCGGGGAUGCGCGCCUCCAGGCGGCCCUGGACUGGGCGUGCGGCCACGGCGCCGACUGCAGCGCCAUCCAGCCCGGGAAGACGUGCUACCAGCCCAACACCAAGCUCGCGCACGCAUCCUAUGCGUUCAACGACUACUACCAGCGCAAGGGCCGGGCCAGCGGGACGUGCGACUUCGCCGGCGCCGCUUCCAUUGUCUACCAGCAACCGGCAGGCACCUGCGACCCGAACGCCGGGAGUUGGUGCGUGGCGAACGCGGCCGUCGGGGACUCGCGGCUCCAGGCGGCUCUGGACUACGCCUGCGGCCACGGCGCCGACUGCAGUGACAUCCAGCCCGGCGCGCGUUGCUUCAAUCCCGACACCAAGCUUGCCCACGCGUCCUACGCAUUCAACGACUACUACCAGCGCAACGGCCGCUCCGACCAGUCGUGCGAUUUCGGUGGCGCCGGCUCCGUUGUUCACCAGGCGCAAAAGAUAGGCAGCUGCGUACUCCGAUCAAGGGCCUGAAGCCCUGAACUGACGGCAGGUAGCAAAGAUCAAUAAUCUCAGCACUCUGUUAAGGAAACUCUAGUAAUUUGCUGCAAAACUAGGCAAAUAAAUCCAUGUACUUCACAAUCCGCAUGUCUAAGACGGAGUAUAAUACAAUGGUAUCAUAGCCUCUUUGCUGCAUGUA